CGUUUGCUCUUUCGUCUCUAUCAUUACUGUUCGUGAGGAACUUCUCUUUUCUACUCGAUUAAUCCAUUCAUGGUGAGUUUUCGAUCAUCCAAGUGUAUUAAAUCUGUUCUGUUUUCUUCAACUCAUACUCGCAAUUUGCCAUUCUCUAAUGAGAAUCAAAACCUAGAUUACGAAACCUGCACGCGGGAAAUGUAUGCAUUCAAUUGAUCUUAGGGUAGGAUUUCAUAUACAAUUUGUUUCUGUCUAAACUAUCAUUUCCUAUUCUCCUGAAUUUUGCUGAUGGUUGUGUUGUCCCUGUAGCUUCGAAUCGGACAGCGAAAUUUGCUAGGAGAGUUUCAAUUUCAAAUUCUGUCGGGGAUUCAUUUGGUAUUGCACUCGCUUUUUCUCUUCGCACUCGCUUUCUUUUUUUCUCUCUCCUAGGGUUUGCUCCGCCAUUGACCCACUGUUCACCGCAAAGUCAAGCUCAAUUUACAUGGGCUCUAAUUAGUUGGGCAGAACAUGUCCAAUCACCAAGGGGGUGAUACUGAAUAUAUGGCGGAUGAAUGUGAAAUGGAAGAUGUAGAAGAUGGCAUGGACGAUGAAUCUAUUAAUAGAGAACGGGGUGGUGUAGAGUCUGACACAGAUGAAUAUGAUAACUCGAGUGGUAAGGUAGUUACAGGCUUACAGCUGCUGAGGCUAGAAGAGGACAAGACAUCCAGGGAAUUCCUUGGAAUAGCCUUGGCAUCACUAGAGAAAGAUAUCGGAAAACUAGGCUUGAGCAAUACAGAAAUUAUGAACAUAUCCCUGGUUCAGGGGACAAGGCAGGGAAGGAUUGUAAGGUUUUAUAUCAAUGAGGAGGCAAGGUCUAUUGGGAUAUGUUGCAAAUAA